CUCUAAUACAUAUAUCAAAGGAACAGCCAAGGUGAAUCUUGAUACAAGCACUUUCUCUCUAACAUUUGUUCCCUUUUUCUGGUUCUUUGAACUUGACUUGAAGGAGGAACACAGCAAUUCACGUUCAUCCAUCUACUCGUCCAUCCAUUAGUCCACAACAAUGUCCACAACACCCAUCAUAGACGUUCCCGUCGUCAUCAUCGGCGGAGGUGGCGUCGGUCUUUCUCUGUCAUGUUUUUUGUCCACCUACAAAGUCCCUCACGUCUUGUUCGAAAAACACCCUUCGACUUCCAUCCUCCCCAAGGCGCAUUACCUGAACCAGCGAACCAUCGAGACCUUUCGACAACAUGGUCUGUACGAUGAGGUCACGGCGCAAUCGGCUCCCCUCCACAAUAUGAGCCGGGUCGAGUGGCGAACGACCUUGGGUGGUGAUGGUCCGUUUGAUCGUCGGUUGUUGAGUUAUAUGAACGCUGCCGGGGGGGGCCCUAGUAGUUCCAUGUCCGAAGCAUAUGGACGUGACUCGGCGGUUUCAUCGUCAAAUCUACCCCUUUUGAGAUUGGAGCCCAUUCUUCGUCGUGUGGCUGAAGAACGAAACCCAAACGGCAUCUUUUUCAACACGGCCGUCAACGAUUGGGAAGAAUUCGACGACCAUGUCAUUGUCACCGUCACCACCAAGGCCGACGGGAGCCCCAUCAAAUACCGGUCCCAGUACGUCGUGGCGUGCGAUGGCGGCAAAAUGUCGACCAAGAAACUCGGCAUCAACAUGGAAGGCCUGGCUGGUAUCAUUGAUUUCGUCUCGACUCAUUUCAAGGCUGAUUUGUCGGAUUACUGGGAUGACCGCACACUCAUCACUCACUUCAUCAACCCCGAAGGAGGCUCCAUGGCUCAUCUCGACUGCGGCGCUCUGCUCCAAAUGGGACCGACAUGGGGCAGACACUCCGAAGAAUGGGUCUUGACGUUCGGGUUCCCCAUGACGGACAACAAACGCUUCGACACGGGCGCUCUGCCCGCUCGGAUCCGCCAACUCCUCAAGCUCCCAGAUCUGGAAAUGGACGUGAUGCAUGUGAACCACUGGGUUCUCGACCGCGUCGUGGCCGACCGGUACCGCAGCCACUCGCCUUCUGGUGUUGACAGACAAGGCCGCGUCUUCAUCGCGGGCGACGCGGCGCACCGUCGUCCCCCUGCCUCAGGCUUGGGUCUGAACACGGGCAUCGAGGACGCGCUCAAUCUCGCGUGGAAACUGGCGUUCGUGGUCCAGGGUAAGUCCUCGCCGAGCUUGCUCGACAGCUACGAGGCCGAACGAAGACCGAUCGGCAUCCGCAACAGCGACUGGGCGUUUUUCAGUUUCAGCAACAUGAACGUUCUGACCGCGGCCGUCGGCCUGGUGCCGGGACAAAAGGAGAUGAACCACGCUCGCUUCGCCCAGCUGUUCGAGGACAGCGACCGCGGCCGCGCGGCCUUGCACCACGUCCGCCGCGUCCUCCACACCCAAAACGUCGAGUACACGGCUCACAACAUCGAGUUGGGCUUCGACUAUGCGCGCGUGGGAGCUGGUGGUGUGCUCGUGGCCGACGGCACGCCAGCGCCCCCCGUCGAUCCCGAGGGCCAGGUUUACGUGCCCACCACGAGACCAGGUCACAGGCUGCCUCACGCGUGGAUCAUUCGCGACGGCAAAGUCGUGAGCACACACGACCUCGUGACGGGGUCCGCGGCUGGGGCUGGGGCUGCGGACUUCGUACUCAUCACCGACGAGGACGGCAGGGGGUGGGUCGACGCCGCCGAGAGCGUGGGCAAGGACAUGGGUGUGAAGGUCGACACGGCGCAGAUUCGGGCCAGGGACAUCACAAGACCAAAGGGCCUGUGUCUGGACCAGAUGGACUUGUGGGCCGGGUUGAAGGAGGUGCGCGCCGGGGGUGCGGUGCUCGUGAGGCCGGACAAUUUCGUCGCGUGGCGCUGCGCCGACAUGAGCGACGACCCGGCCGAGGCGCUGAGGGCCGCGUUGGCAGAGUUGUUGAGGACGCGGCAGCAGGUCGCCGCCACGAAGAAAUCCGCCGAGACCAACGCCGGUGUGUCUUCUCGGACAACGGUGGACGUCGGCGUUCAAGAGGAUGGUGCGGAAAGUUCGUCGGUCGAGUCUAGUAGCAGCAUCGCUACACCCACAAAUGAAUCCGUCGAACAAGAUGACCGACACUCUGUCCACGUCAAAGCCACCGAGGGGGCCGCAGCGCAGGAUCUUGUCGAGGCAGUGAUCGACGGUCUCCAGAAGCCGAUCGACAAGACUGGUGCCGGGGCUGAGGUGUUUGUCGUUCAGUAGCGAAGCAAACGGGACAGUCAGGACGAGAACGAGGUGAAGACUCGUAUGAUGGAUAGACAGGGAUUGGGAGGUGUAGGUAUUUGGUAUCGGUCCUGAGUAUUGGUAUUAUUAUUGGUAUUGUGAUUAUUACUUUGCCCUGAUAUCCUUGCUGGUUGGUACUCCUUCGUUGCUGCUGCUGCUGCUGUGUUGUUUUUGUUGUUGCUGUUGUCAUCGUCGUCGUCGAUUCUGCUGGCUUACUCACU